CGCCUCCCCAGGCCCUCUCUGCGCCGCCACCAGCGCCACAAGCAUGCGCCGCACAUUCCCCAGCCUCCGCUGCGGCCUACUAGGAGGCACAGCCGGUGGCGUCCCGACCCAGACCGACGCCGGCGACAUGGUCGUCAGCAAACCAGAUCUCGCAAGCCCGGGGGGGAUCCCCUACCCUACGACCAUGGCAAAAUGCAAGUGAAUGGAUUC